AUGCUGCGCCCGGCGGGGCCGCAGGCGGGCCCCGGGGCGGGCGGCGAGGUGCUGCUGUCGGUGACCACCUUCUGCUUCUCGGCGGAGGGAAAGCGCCACGAACAGAAACGUUUGGCGCUCCGCGCGGAUCUCCUGGAUCCGCGCUCGCCCUCCCCCCCCCCGCCCCGCGGCGGCGCUGCCGGCACCGCCCGCGGCGCGCUCCGCGCGCCAGAGAGGAGACUGGGGGGGGGGUCCCGCGCAGAGCCAAGGGACAUCCGCGCGGGGCGCCAAAAGGCUUGCCUCUGUGGCGCUGUCUCUUCGCCCGGCCUCGACAUCUCUGCCCUGGAGAUCUUCUGGCCGCUGUGCUUCGGCUUCCGCCUCUGCCUCGCCUCCGCGGCCACGGCCCGCAGCGGCCCCGCGCUGGCGGAGCUCCUGGCGCGCGUGCGGCCGCGCUACUUCCAGGCGACCCCGACCACGUUCCGCAGCCUGCUGCACGCGGGCUGGCGUGGCGGCCCAAGGACCGCGGCCAUCAGCGGCGGCGAGGCGCUCCCCGGGGGUCUCGCUCAGCAGCUGUCGGCCCUCUGUGGCGGCGGCGUGUGGAACGCCUAUGGCCCCACGGAGACCACGAUCUGGUCCUCCACGCACCGGCUGCCCGCGCCGUGCCUUCAGGGCGCCCCUUCGCCGCUGCCCGCCGUGGUCCCCAUCGGCGGGCCCAUCAGCGGCACCACGCUGCUGAUCGCGCCGCCGCGGCCGGCCGACGGCGAGGAGGCGCCGCCGCCGGCCUCGGCCGCCCACGGCGGCGCCUGCGGCGAGCUGCUGAUCGGGGGCGUGGGCGUGGCCCGCGGCUACCGCAACCGGCCCGAGCUCACCGCCGCGCGCUUCGUCCCGCGGCCCGGGCGCGCCGGGGAGCCGGCGGGGGUGUACUACCACACAGGGGACCUGGUGCGCCUGCCCGCCGACGGGCUCGAGCUCGCGUUCCUGGGCCGCCUCGACCACCAGGUCAAGAUCCGCGGCUUCCGGGUCGAGCUCGGGGAGGUGGAGUCCCUGCUCGAGCAGAGCCCCGGCGUCCGCGCCGCCGUGGUCUCCGUGCUGGGCGGCCCAGGCGAGGCGGGCGGGGCGCGCAGCGGGGAGGAGCCGGCGCUGGCGGCGCACGUGCUGGUGGGUCCGGGCGCGGGGCGGGCGCCCGAGUGGCGCCGCGCGCUCCUGUCGCAGCUCGCGGCCCGGCUGCCCAGCUACAUGGUGCCCAGGCACAUCGUGGCCCUGGAGAGCUUCCCGCUGCUGCCCAGCGGGAAGGUGGACAGGACGGCCCUUCUGGAGGUGCAGCCCGACGCCUGGUCUACCGAGGGCGGGGAGGGCGUCGAGGAGCCCUGCGACGGGGCCACGAUAGAGCUGUGCCGACGACUGAGCUCCCUGGACUGGGCAGGCUCCAGCGCGCAGGGCGAGGCAGCCGCGUCGUCCCUGCGACACGCCGUCGCGGCCAUCGCGUCCGCGGUGACGGGAGCGGCGCCGCCCGCGGACGACGAGGACGUCGAGAUGGCCUCCCUGGGCAUCGACUCCGUCAGCGCGGUCCCCAUGGCGGACGCCUUGUCCAGGCUGCUGCUGUCCGGGCGCGCGGUGCCCCUGGAGGACCUCUACGUGCACGCCACCCUGCCAGCCCUCGCCGCCUACCUCCGCGGCAGGCUCCUCGAGCGGCCCGCGCCCGCGCGGGGCGCCCCCGACGUAUGUGCAGCGAUGCUCGGCCCAGAGCGGGCCCCGGCCAGGCUCGGCGGGGCGGCCCGUCGGCGUCGCCCCGGGCAGGCCUCUCGGGACGGGGACCUGCGCUCCCUGGCGGCCCUGCUGGAGGCCCGGGCGUUCGACCCCGCGGCCGCGCGCGACCGCUUCGGGGGCUCGGCGCUCCACUGGGCCGCGAGCGGUGGCCACCUCGGCGCGUGCAGGCUGCUCGUCGAGGGCCGGGCGGAGCCGGGCUUCGCGGACAAGAAGUCCGGGCGUUGCGCCCUCCACUGGUGCGCGCGGCAGGGCCACCUGCGCGUGGCCCAGUGGCUCGUCGGGGAGCACUCGCAGUGCGUCGGCGCCCUGACGAAGGACCGCACCACGCCCCUGCAGCUCGCCGCCUGGGGCGGCCACGUCCCCGUCUGCGCCUGGCUGCUGGGCCGCGGCGCCUCCCUGGAGCACCGCAACGCCUGGCAGUGCCUGCCGCACCACUUCGCGGCGCUGGCGGGGAUGACGGCCACGUGCGCCUGGCUGCACGACCACUCCGCCGACCUGCGCGCCACGAACGAUCAGGGCCACGGCGCGCUCCACAAGGCGGCCUACGGUGGGCACCGGGCGCUGUGCGCCUGGCUGCAGGACGAGCUGGGCAUCGACCGGCGCGCGGCGGAGCCCGACGCCCGCGGGCAGACGCCGGCGGACCUCGCGCUGAAGGUCAGAUAUCGUUUACAUGGAUCCAGAUCCCCACAUGCCCCCACCUCCAUCUCCAUCCCGAGCCAUCCCACCGCCCCAUCCCACCGCCCCAGUUGGGGAUGCUCGUGCCACUCGAGACUCGAAGGGAGCAGCCUAUAG